AUCGCAUUUGCGGGACCUAAAACUGUACUUCCAGGUUCGUAGAUUUCAACCUCAUCGACUUUGAGCUCCCAGUGUGUGGCAUUCCACCACUUCGCUGCCCACUGGUGCAUACCGUCAUGAGCCGCCGAAGUCUCCUCCCGAGGAGAGUCUUGUCCUCACAAUUGAAGGCUCCCGGUUUUGUGUGCAGGCAAUGCAGAGCAAUUCAGAUCAGCGCAUCCCCCACCACCGAUUCCCGCCCAGCUGGCGAUGCCUUCGGAGCUUACCCCGGGGGAUCCAGGGACUCAGCAGACGCUCGCUUUGAGGUCCUAGGCUCACCGCACUCUCUCCUAUCCGUCACGCUGUCGGCAUCGCAGCGACUCUACACAAGACGAGGGUCACUUGUCUCUGUCGCCGGCAAAGUCGAGAAUGCACAAUCCACGCUUACUCUCCUCUCCCCGCUACGACGCGCCGUCCUCGGCAUCCCCUUCCUCUACCAGCGCAUCUCCUCCACGACGCCCAUCACCGCCCUGAUCGCGACAAAAUCCCCCAACACAACCUUUUCCAUCCUCCACCUCGACGGCACAACCGACUGGAUGGUGGCCCAGCGCAACGCCCUGCUCGCAUGGACAGGCCACACACUUACCCCCUCCCCGCGCAUCCAACAGGGCCUCUCCAUCGCACACUGGGGCAACACGCAUCUCACCGGCCGCGGGCUGGCGGCGCUGUCUGCACCGGGACAGAUCUAUGAGCUGACACUGGGCGAGGGGGAGGAGAUCACCCUGCACCCGUCGCACGUGGUGGCGUAUUCGGUUACUAAGAACCCGCCGCUACCGUUCCGGUUCAAGAGUACCAGGUUGAGCUUGCAGGUUCCGGCCGUGCCAAGCUCGAUUACAGCUGCGGCACGGAGGGCUAUGCCUGAGAGACUGGCCAGGUUCUGGAAUGCCAUGCGCGACACGGGGACGUACAAGGCUGUUGCAAGGGUGCUAUUUGGGGUAAGGACGGCGGCGAGAAGGUCGAUUUGGGGGGAUAGGUUGUUUUUGCAUUUUCGUGGGCCGAUGACGGUUCUCAUGUCGAGUCGUGGUGUGAGGGUGAGGGAUGUCUUGAGUCGGGAGGAUGUUAAUGAGAUUGCGGAUACCGAGGCGGGGGUGGUGCCGGCGGCGCUGGAGUUGGCUGCGAAGCCGAGGGUGGAGGAGGAGGCGAAGGUGGAGGAGAAACCCGUGGCGAUACAUGUUGCGAGUGUUGGGAAGGAUGGGAAGGUUAGUUUUGAGGAUGUGAAGGAUUUGAGAGACUUCGUGAGGUGAUGGGAGGUGGGCUGGUGGACUUGUAUAUUUCUUUGUAACUGUAGAAUAUGCCAUGUUCUGGCGAACGGGAUCGAGGGAAGGGUGUAAAGAAUAAAAGUAGAAUUUCAGUUUCCAA